GCGACCAUGGCGGGAGGAAUGAAAGUGGCGGUCUCUCCGUCAGUUGGUGCCGGGCCUUGGGGCUGGGGGGCCGGGGGCCGGAGGGCAGUGUGGCUGCUCCUGGUUCUCUCCGGUUGCUGGGUCUGCGGCUCAGCUGGAAUUGAUGUAAAUCUGGUCAUGCUCCAGGAAUCACAAGUUUAUAAUAGCAAUACCGACCAACAAUUCUGUUACAAAAACGUGUUUGUCCCCAAGUGGCAUGAUAUAUGGACGCGGAUACAGAUCCGAGUCAACAGUUCCAAACUGGUACAAGUUACCCAGGUGGAUAAUGAAGAUAAACUGAAGGAGCUGGAGCAGUUUAGUAUCUGGAAUUUUGUUUCUUCCUUUUUAAAAGAGAAAUUAAAUGACACUUAUGUUAACGUUGGUCUAUACAGCACAAAAACCUGCCUCAAGGUUAAUAUUUUGGAGAAUAACACCAAGUACAGUGUUGCUGUCACCCGGAAAUUUGACUCCAAACUCUUCCUCAUUUUCCUCCUUGGACUUAUGCUAUUUUUUUGUGGAGACUUGCUCAGCAGAAACCACAUCUUCUACUAUUCCACUGGGAUGAGUGUGGGAAUUGUAGCUUCUCUACUAAUCGUCAUUUUCGUACUGUCUAAAUUCAUGCCCAAGAAAAGUCCCAUUUAUGUCAUCCUGGUGGGAGGCUGGUCCUUUUCUUUGUACCUCAUUCAACUAGUUUUUAAAAAUUUACAAGAGAUCUGGAGGUGUUACUGGCAGUAUCUUUUAAGCUAUAUCUUCAUAGUUGGAUUCAUGAGUUUUGCAAUCUGCUACAAGUAUGGACCAUUGGAAAAUGAACGAAGUAUCAACUUGCUGACCUGGACCUUGCAGCUGAUGGGCCUGUGUUUCAUGUAUUCUGGCAUCCAGAUUCCACAUAUUGCCCUUGCCAUUAUCAUCAUUGCACUGUGUACUAAGAACCUGGAGUACCCUGUUCAAUGGCUGUACAUUACCUACAGAAAGGUGUGUAAGGCCACAGGAAAGACUGUCCCUCCUCGCCUCCUGACAGAAGAAGAGUAUCGGAUACAGGGGGAGAGAGAGACCAAAAAGGCUUUGGAAGAUCUUCGAGAAUAUUGUAACAGCCCAGACUGCUCUGCUUGGAAGACUAUUUCUCGGAUUAAGUCUCCAAAGAGAUUUGCCGACUUUGUGGAAGGCUCUUUCCACCUCACACCAAAUGAAGUUUCUGUCCAUGAGCAGGAGUUUGGACUAGGGAGCAUUCUCUCUCAGGUGGAUAUCUAUGAAGAAACCUCUUCUGAGGAGGAGAACUCUGAAUUUUGGCCCCCCACUACCACACAAAACCAUUUCCUGACCUAGGUAGUGGUCAGAAUUUUUAUGUGGACUGGCUUGGUACCUCAAGGUCCCGGUUGCGUAUCUCGUGCAAUUAUUUCUCAGCUCUUAAAUCGGGUACGGUUGUGCAGACAUUUUCCUACCAAAAUUAGAGGUCUGGGUAGGCCUCCCUCUGGAAAUGUUCUUGAUCGAAGUGGGAUGCCUGAGGAAGGAGAGAGGAUAAAGUAGUGAAUAUCCUGAUUGCUGCCCGUUGGUUAAGCUGUCUACUACUUUCAUGUUUCUAAAGAAGCCGAAUGGCCACAGCUAAAGCUACAGCAAGAAGGGCACUCUGGCUCCUCUCUGAGACUUGAUUUGGUCCUGACAUUUCUGCCUCUGUUACUAGAACUCAGAAAUAAGUGUUACAUGUAACAGUAAUGUUCUUAGAUUGUAGGCAGCAUCUUCCAGAAAGAAAUCUGCAAAUCUGAGCCUCUUUUUUACUUCUGUUUUAUUUUCAGUGAUUUUUGAAUAAUUCGUACUUGAACUGUUUUACAAGGGAAAUGGAUUUUUGUCAUCUUGGGUUUUUUUUUUAUAUGAAUAUAUGUAUGUAUUUUAAAUGUAACAAACUCCUAUCUAGAACCAGCAAGUGCCCCAGAGAGACAUGCCCCAUAGCCCAUAUAUAUAUACACAUAUAUAUGUAUAUGUGCACUCACAUACAUAUAUACAUAUAUACAUAUUACUAUGGAUUAUUCAUGAAAGCCUAGGAACUCUUGUGUUGAGCUUUAAUUGGUUUUCAGAUCUGUUACGUUUGAAGCCCUACUUGCUUUUUGGAACAUCCCUGUAAACUCUUCUGUAGGGUAGGGCUUUUGGACUUUUUAUUAAAUUAAACUUUGUUUUCUUUUAAAAGUACAGUUGUACUCUUCCCAUUCCUUCUUGUCCUUUUUGCCUUUUCAAGGCUGUUCAGGUGAAGUAUUUGUUUCAUUUCUUUAUAUUCUCUUCCUCUUGGUUUAUAACAUUAUUCUCUGAGUUAGGGGAAGUGAUCUUCGUUAGUAACUUAAAUUUUAUUUCAUAGGUUCUCUAUUUUUCUGUCAGUGGGUUACUUUUCCUGAAUUAUAUCUUUAUUUCAGUGAGAAAGCAUUGUAAAGAGGGAGAAAUUCUCCUCUUUAAGUAAAUUCCUAAUGAAAUGUAGUUUCUGUCUCAAGACCAGUUUUGUGGGUUUUUUUUUUUCACUGUGUUUGAAUUUGGGGUGAGUGAAAUCAAACUCAAUUUUUGACUCCUUGUCUGGUGGUUACAGGACUGGGCCACGGGCAGUGGCGGUGGCAGUGGGUCCUGUAGCAUGAGCGCUUCUCUCAAAGAGCUGACGCGCCUGGGUGUGUCAUGUGUCCCAGCCCUGCCUGCGUGGCUCCGCCCCAGGUGCCUCAGCUCCUCUGUGCCUGGAGAUUGCCCGGCUCUAUCGGUAAACAUUUAGAAGCUGCUCAUUUCCCUUUUGACUAUUUAGUUGGCUGCCUGGGUCACUACUCAGCCUCCAUUUAAUUUUUUCUGGCAGUUACGGCUCUUGCAAUUUCAGCAUAGUCUCUUCCCUCAGACUGAUCUCAUCCGGAGGGCUUGAAGGGAUAACUGUGGAAAUGGCUGGACAUUGGAGCCAUGUCUGCUGCCAUGUCAGCAUCUUGCUAGGCAAGUAUCAAGCUAUAAAUUGGCUCUAAGGCUCAGGGUCUCAUCAGCAUCGGAAAUCCAUCGCCUCUUGUAUGUCUGACCAAGUUAUGUGAACAUGGUUCCCGUUAAUGGGAAUAGAAUUUAGUUGGCCUGAUUUUUUCCUUUCUCUUUCCCCACUCAAAUUGCUUUCAUAAGACCAGUGGACCCAGUGACUAAAAAUAAAGACAAUUGUGUAAGCCACUUUAUUCAAUAUUAAUUUAUUUCUCCCUCCCCAACUUGAUGAUUUUUGUAUGUUACCAAGGACAUUUUAUGAGUCCCAAUGUUCCAUUUUGUGCUAUUAAAUAUCUGAGGCCUACCUUUCUUUCACUGUGUUCCUGCCAGCUUAGUUAGACGUGACCUAUGUGAUAGAGAUGAUAAAUGAAAGAAUCCAGAGUGGCCAGAUGAUAAACUCUAGAUUCUGAUAUUCCUAGAAACUAGGAAAUGAAUUACACUGUUGCCCUCAAUUUUUUUCUGGGUUUGCAGGUCAGGCACUUCUGGAAGAGCUCAGACGUGGUAGUGUUCUGGGGCCACCUGGGCCAUACCCCGUGGUGCUAGUUGGGGUGUACUAUCUUGGGGAUAUGACCCAGGGCCUCACAUAUACAAGGCAUGUGUAUCUACCACUUGAGCCACAUCCCUAGCCCCCCUGAGUAUUUUUGUUGUCCCAGAAAAAGAUGAUUUGAGAUGAAUAUUUGUAUUAACAAUGGCUCCCGGCUGUGUACUUAUAAAACUUUUCUUUGAGUAGCGGAAGUUGAAGUAGGAGGAAAGGAAAUGAAAUGUCCUUUUGUAUUCUUUUGGGCUCAGGUCUGACAUAUGAGAUAAUACCUUAAAUUGAAAUGUCAGGAGUUUUUAUCUGAACCCAAGAGAAGACAGCCUGACAGAUUUAUUAUGUCUUUAUGUUUUAUAGGCAAUGAAAUCAAAUAAUAAAUGCAAAGGAGCCAUUUUACAAGGCAAAUGAACCAUUGCUUCUGUUUUGGCAUAAUAGAAAUUAUUCUUGUUGCAGAAACCUAUGUGGUUGUGGUAACUCCGUGGUGUUUCUUGAUAGAUUUUGAAUUCAGUUGCUGUUGAGUUGGGGUCUAGAGGGUUACAACCUUGAAAGGGUGUUUUUGUGCCUUAUCUGAUGAAAACUUGUGUCUGCUGGGAAUUAGAGCAGAUUUAUGGCAAAAUUAGUGCUUUAGCGGGAUUGGAAUAGUCAUGCAGUCUCCCCAGAUGUUGGACUUAGGGCUCUUUCCCCUCACCUCACUCCUGUUUGUUGUUCUUUUCACACACUUGACAGUAACUUGAAAAUGUUGAAAUAGCCUUCUCUGAGCUUCCCUGCCGCACAGACAACAUUGUUAACAUGUUAACCUAAUCAGUAGCUGAUAGUGUGAACAUUAGAAUUACUAAAGCCUGCAGUUUCCCAGUUGUCUAGGACUGGUGAAGAAACAGGUGUAAGGAAUUAUUAGAUCAUUUUAGCCUGUGGGUAAUGCCUUAGUGUUAUUAUUUUUAAAGUCCUUUAAAAUAAAUGUUCAUGAAUGUUUGAAAGGAACAAAAUAAUCAGGGAUGGCUCUUUGCCAUGGGUCUCAUUUUCACUCUUUUCUGUAAGAAAAAAAUAACGAUGUCUUAUUAUCUAUUUUUUCAUUUUUAUUGUACAAGUUUGUAAGUAUUCCCAAUUUUAAUAAAGUUUUAUAGACUCUA